UAAAGGUACAUAAGCUUAUCUUCUUCCCAAACACGUCGCCACUCAACCACCGUUUCCAAACCCUAACAACCAAAACCCAAUCCGAGCGCAACCGGCGAUUACGAAGACAAAGUCUCCACCGCUUGAAUAAACGACGACACUGAGUAAUCAUCAAGCUGCUGACUGCGGUUGUUCCAAUUUUUCACGACGGCAACAACGCGGCGACGAAAUACGCAACAAUACAAAAAAUACAGAUCGAAGAAAAUCCAACACCGUUUCGUCUAAAACAUCCAAGCCGAAAUACAUCUUGAAAACCCUAACUCUGAUUGGCGGAAACUAUGUCCGGCGAAGAAAUCGGCCAAAACUGGUACAAACUUCACCCACAUAAGAUUUAUCUGCAGGAUUUGAUUAAAAAACCAGGACACAACGGACCUUAAUGAUAGGAUAGAGUUGGAGAAUUUGGGAUGAAGGUUAUCAAGCCAUCUAAUGAAAGCAAAAAAGAGUGAAGAUGAUCAAAAUAAAAAACAAGGCAAACAAUCGUUAUAAAGAGAAUACAUGUAACAUGGAAUGUGUGGGAAGCUGGAGCGCAACUCCAUCUCAGCAACAAAUAUUGGAAGAUCUGCUUAGAUAAACACAAAAGAUUAAAGCUGCCGAAGAAAGAGAAAAAUAUAAAUACCAGCAUUGGAAAAAGGCAACAUACAUAUUUUCUAGACAACACUAUCAACGCACAUAUUUUCAAGACAACACACAUAUUUUCAUGACAGAGCAAUUUUCGAAGCACAAAUGUAGAAUACCAAAAACAGUAACAAAAAUGCAUGAAAAAAAGCCAAAGAAAAAAAAAUAAAAAUGAAAAAACCUCAUUUCCCCCCCAAAAACAGUGCUACAUGGCAGACAAAAAAACUGACACUUUAUAUUUGUAUAGAUUACAUAAUGAAAUUUAAAACUAGUUGAACGUACCAUUAUAUUCGUUGUGGCUUAGGUCUAAGUUAACGGAGGUGUUUUGACAAUUUGAAUCCUCCUCGUGAUAGUUUCAUGACUAUUUUUAAUACGACUUUUAAUUUAUAUAUUUAAUCUCAUUUUUAAUCUCCCGGUAGCUUCCAACGUCGGGCCGGGAUGCAACCGGGGGCGCGGCCCCGGGACUCUUCCUCGUCCUCAGGUGCGGCCUAAAACGCAACUCCCUCCCCUCCAACGCUGCAGGCCGCGGGCUGGGACCCGGGUGUGGUCCGGCCGUGGAGUUUUUUUUAUUUUAUUUUUUAAAUAAAUAACAGAAACAUAAAAAUAUAAAUAACAAAUAAUACAAAGCAAGCCUGAAAUGUAGAAUUUUAGGAACCACAAUCAAAAGCUAAUAUCCAAAGGACUUCCUUGAAUUACAGUCUCUAGAGUUACUAAGCUAUCACAAAUGUAAAACUAUAUCUUCUCCCGAAGCAUACAAUUUGAAGAUUGCUAUAUAGAACCGGAGUGUCCUUCCUAGAACUAAGGCAACAACUCCUAAAAGCUCCUAAGAUAAAUUUGCUUCAUUCAAAGGCUCAAAUCUCCCGAUUAUAUUGGCAAAGACGUCAACUUCUCUUCUUUCAAAUUAAACUACUCAUCUCCCGAGUAUUGUAGUAAAAUCCACAUGCAUUUAUAAGAUGACCAAUCAAACAAAUGUAUAAGCACAAGAGAAAUUGAAAUAACUAUAAGAGCUAACAAGGAAAAACAACGGAAUAAAUAACUCAAAAUCAUAGCAUGUUUACCAUAACUUCUACAAAAAAUGUUUAAUACUCAUAGACAAGUAAAACAACAAAAAGUACUAGACAUGAAGAAAAACAAAACAAAACAAAACCCAAUGUUGAAUUAUGCAGUCUUCAGUCUUAUCUUGCCUGGAUCUGUAGAGCUCCGCUCCAAUGGAAGAUGGAAGAAUAAUAUGUGGAAUAUUGGAUGGAAGAAGUAUAGAGAUGAAGAGGAUUGGAGGCUCUGAGAUGGAAGAAGGUGUAGAGAUGGAGAAGGAUUGGAAGAAGGUGUAGAGAUGGAGAAGGAUUGGAGGCUCUGAGAUGGUGCUCUAAGUGUUGACAUUAGUCCGUGCCCCCAACAUUAAAUUCUGACUCUGUCAUUGCCGCCGUGUAAAAGGUAUUAAGAGACUUGGAUUGCUGAUGUCUACGUGGGUAUAGAAAGCAUGAGAAAACUCAAAAAAGGGAGAGGCCUGUGUGAUGACAUGAGAAGUUGUCCUCAUAUUUCCUUAUCCUGAUUUCUCCAACGUUACUCUCACUCUGCUUCUCCAGAAUCAUCUGAGGGAAGCAUGGCCGCCACACUCAGCAGCCUCUCCAAACUUCCCCACCUCCCACCGCGGCGGCUCAUCCAAUCCAAACUAUCCCAAACCUCCUCUCCCAAACAACACACUCCCCAAUUACUUCAUCACCUCAAAUCCGUCUCCCUCCCUCUCACCGCAAUCACAUUGCCUUUCUUUCUCCCCCCACAGGAUGCAUUUGCGGUGGGAGGGGAGCUUGGGAUUCUGGAAGGAAGAUCUUUUGCGUUGAUUCAUCCGAUCGUGAUGAGCGGCCUCUUUGUGUACACUUUGUACGCUGGAUAUCUCGGGUGGCAAUGGAGGAGGGUCCGUACGAUCCAGGACGAGAUUAACCAGCUCAAGAAGGAGCUUAACCCCGACGGCUCUCCGCCCUCGCCUCUCGACGCCAAGAUUCAGCAGCUCACUCAGGAACGAAAAGAGCUAAUCAAAGGGUCAUAUAGAGAUAAGCACUUCAACGCUGGAUCCAUACUGCUCGGGUUUGGAGUGUUUGAAGCCGUAUUCGGAGGGCUCAACACAUACAUCAGAACCGGAAAGCUAUUUCCCGGACCUCACCUCUAUGCUGGGGCAGCGAUAGCAGUAUUAUGGGCAGCAGCAGCUGCAUUAGUACCUCCGAUGCAGAAGGGAAGUGAAACUGCCAGAAAUCUUCACAUCGCACUCAAUCUCUUGAAUGUGCUUCUCUUUGUCUGCCAAAUACCUACUGGAAUUGAUAUUGUCUUCAAAGUCUUUGAAUUCACCAAAUGGCCUUGAAUUCUUCUAAAUCAAUUAUGUUUGUUUAUCACAUGAGUUACGCAAGUUUGUAAACCAGGGUAUAUUGAGCCGCUGUUAUUGUAUACUGAUUUCCUUUUUUAACUGUAUAUUUUUUGUUACAAA